GGCAAGGUGCCCAUUAUCACUGCACUUUAUCACCACCAUAUUGGUUUGCUUCGUGGUAAGGAAUUUUGUAAGUAAUACGAUUUUGUUAUAGAAAUCCACGUAUGCAGGAAUAUCGUACAAAAAAAUAAGGCAAUAUAUAGAUUUUGUGGCGCUGUUGCUAUUUUUUACCUAUAAAAAAUGUCGGAUAGUGAAGAAGCAUAUUCUGGAAACGAAGAGGAUGAUUUUUUUGAUGAAGAAGCUGCAGAAGAAGGUCAGGAUGAUGAAGAGGUGGAAGAUGAUGAAGAGAAGAAGACGAAGAGGAGGAAGAAUAUGAACGAAAAGGAAAGAAAGAAGAAAGAUUGGAGCUAGUGCUUUCAUUGAUGCUGAAGCAGAGGUUGAUGAGGAUGAUGAAGAAGGCACUGAAGCAGAGGAAGGAUUUGAAGGAUUUGAAGACCAGUACAGUCAACGUGAAGAAGAUCAUACAGAGGAUAUUUCAGGUGCUAGAAGAUUACAACAAAUGCUCAAGGAGCGAAGUGAUGAAGACUUAGAGGAAUAUUACAGAAGAAAAUAUGUUGAAACAUCCCAAAAAUACACAAAGAAAGAUUAUGAUACCCCUCGUGGAAUUGAGCAACAGAGUUUAUUGCCUGGUGUAAAGGAUCCAAACUUGUGGCUCGUCAAAUGUAGGAUUGGAGAAGAAAGGGCGACAGUUAUUGCCAUGAUGAGGAAAGCUAUAACUCAGCAGUUUACCGAUGAGCCUCUCCAAGUAAAAUCUGCAAUAGCUGUUGAAGGUUUAAAAGGUUAUAUUUACAUUGAGGCGUACAAACAAACGCAUGUGAAACAAGCAAUAGAAGGUAUAGGAACUUUAAAGAUUGGGCAAUGGAAUCAAAAAAUGGUACCUGUUCAGGAAAUGACAGAUGUUCUCAAUGUAGUAAAAGACUUAGUUCAACUUAAGGCGAAACAGUGGGUGAGAAUGAAACGUGGUAUCUUUAAAGAUGAUCUUGCUCAGAUUGACUAUGUUCAUCCAUCAAAAAAUCAGGUCACACUUAAAAUGAUUCCUCGUAUAGAUUACACAAAACCCAGAGGAAGCAAAGCAUUAGAGAGUCAGGAACAGGAAAAGAAGAAACGCUUCAGACGACCGCCUCAAAAAUUGUUCGAUGCUGAAGCUUUGAGGAGCAAUGGCGGUGAAAUUCAUCAUGAUGGCGACUUCAGUCUAUUUGAAGGCAAUCGCUUUAGACAGGGUUUCUUGUAUAAAAAUAUGGCCAUUUCUGCCUUGAUUACUGAAGGUAUCAAGCCAACACUUUCUGAAUUGGAAAAGUUUGAAAGUACAACGGACGAUAUUGACUUGGAGUUGCCUACGAAGUCUUCCAAAGAUGAUGUAACAGAAAACCAGUUUGCACCUGGUGAUAAUGUUGAAGUUGUCGAAGGUGAAUUGAUCAACCUACAAGGGAAGAUUGUAAGCAUUGAAGGAAGUAAAGUCGUCAUGUUACCUUUUCAUGAAGAUUUGAAAGAACCGCUAAAUUUUCCAGCGUCAGAAUUAAGAAAAUUCUUCAAAGUUGGGGAUCAUGUCAAAGUGAUUCAUGGAAAAUAUGAAGGAGAUACUGGUCUUGUACUCCGCGUUUUGGGAAAGACGGCCAUUUUGUUCUCUGACCUUACUAUGCAUGAGCUUGAAGUACUAUUAAAAGAUUUGCAGUUGUGCUCCGAGCGUAGUAGCGGAGUAGACUCGAUGGGUCAACAUCAAUGGGGAGAUUUAGUUCAACUAGAUCCACAAACCGUCGGUGUUAUCGUUCGUAUCGAGAGAGAGACAUUUUCAAUCUUGACACAACACGGAAAGGUUGUCCAAGAAAGACAACAAGCUGUUGCCAGGAGGAAAGAGAAUAAACAUGCUGUAGCUUUAGAUUGCGACCAGCAAACCAUACAAGUACGAGAUAUCGUUAAAGUUAAUGAUGGUCCACACAAGGAUUUUCAAGGUGAAGUGAAAUACGUCUAUCGUGGUUUUGCCUUUCUUUCUUGUAAAAUGGUUGUCGAAAAUGGUGGUAUAAUCGUGUGUAGAACUAAACAGCUUCAGCUUGCGGGAGGUGGAAAGGCUGCGGCUGAUUCACUCGGUGGAUUUGGAGGCUUUGGUGGCGGUUUUGUCCCCCGCUCACCCCGAAUAUCAAGUCCUGCACGCGAAGCUGGUGGCGGAACAAGUGCAUCCCCUUCAGGGCGGGGGGGUGGAUUUGGCCGCGGUCGUGGUAGACCGGGGCGAGAUCAAACCUUGAUAGGAAAAACCAUCAGAAUUUCACAAGGACCUUAUAAAGGUUAUAUUGGGAUUGUAAAAGAUGCCACUGAAACGACAGCACGGGUUGAACUUCACAGUAAUUGUAAAACGAUUUCUGUUGAUCGCUCACGAAUAAAUAUUGUUGGAGCUCCAUCUCGUGGAGGUUCUGUUCAUUCAAGGACACCAAUGUAUGGAUCGCAGACACCUAUGUAUGGAUCUCAGACUCCAGGAUCUCGGACACCAAUGUAUGGAUCUCAGACCCCCACUCAUGAUGGAAGCAGAACUCCUCAUUAUGGUUCCAUGACACCAUCGCACGAUGGUUCGCGCACGCCUCUUCAUGGUGGGGCAUGGGAUCCAAGUUCGUCCAACACUCCUGCGAGAUCAGAGAACGAGUUCGAUUACAGCCUAGAUGUUCCUACGCCAUCUCCUGUUGGUGGUUAUGGAACACCUAAUCCCGCGACACCUGGUGGUUUUACAGCUCCUUUCACACCUGGUACACCUGGGGGUAUCUAUGGAUCUGAGCCAAGCUAUUCGCCAUAUGUUGAUUCACCAUCACCAGCAGGUUAUGCAAAUCCCGUGACUCCAGGAAGUGCUAAUCCAAGUCCUAUAUCACCAGCCUUUGCUCCUCAUACUCCUGGUGCGAGUUUGGAUAUGGAGCAACCUCACGAUUGGGUAACACAAGAUAUUGAAGUGACAAUAUCAGACUCUCAUCAGGAUUCUCAACUUGUUUCGAAAAAAGGUGUCAUCCGUAAUGUCGUCGGUGGUACGAGCACUGUGUACUUGUAUGACGAAAAGCGUGAUGUCAGCAUUCCCAGCAAGCACUUGGUUCCUGUGAAACCAUCAAAGCAGGAUAAGGUGAAAUUGAUUCAUGGAGAUGAUCGUGAAAGUACUGGAACGUUGAUUCAAAUUGACGGCACUGAUGCUAUAAUAAAAAUGGAUUCAGGCGAACAGAAAUUAGUUUGUUGUGACAUUGUCUCUCUGGCGCGCCUUGCACCCACUAUAGGAUAGAAAGUACCAGACAUAAGCGUAUUGUGGCGUGUCGUUGUUUUCCGAGUAAAGAUUUUAUACUGGAAACAUUUUACUGCAAAGAUGAUGACAGAUAAGUGGUAUUCUUUGUCUGAUUGAUUUUUUCUUGGGAAUUUGUGUGUAAUUUUAUUUCAAUUCGUGAAAGUCUUUGAAUUAAGGUUGUAUACUAUCCUAUCUACAUUCACUUUUCUCUUUGUGCUUUUCACUUUUUCGAUAAUCAUUGAAAAAAUCAUUAAUGUUAAAAUGAACAUAUCACAUGCAAAUGUGAAAUAAAUUUAACUUUGGCUGAAACUGAAAAA